CUCCUCCUCCCGCAGCGAGGCUCUGGCUCCCCGCACGCACCGGAGCGCCCGGCUCCCUCCUCCUGCUCCUCGUCCCUCCUCCCUUCCCCUCCUCCCCCCUUCCCUCCCCGGGUCGCCGCGGCUCCGGGAGGAGCGGGGGGGGCCCCGCUUCCUUCCCUCCCCCCCUCCUCUCCCACCCGCCACGCCGAGGAAAGGCAGAAGCAGCCAUGGGGUGCAUUAAAAGCAAAGAAGAUAAAGGUCCAGCCAUGAAAUACAGAACUGAUAAUACUCCAGAACCUGUUAUUUCCCACGUCAGCCAUUACGGAUCAGACUCCAGCCAAGCAACACAGUCACCGUCAAUAAAGGGAUCAGCAGUUAAUUUUAAUAGUCAUUCCAUGACUCCUUUUGGGGGGCCCUCAGGAAUGACACCCUUUGGAGGAGCAUCAUCUUCAUUUUCAGCUGUGCCAAGUUCAUAUCCUAGUACUUUAACAGGUGGUGUUACUGUAUUUGUGGCCUUAUAUGAUUAUGAAGCUAGAACUACAGAUGACCUUUCAUUUAAGAAAGGUGAACGGUUCCAGAUAAUAAAUAACACGGAAGGAGACUGGUGGGAAGCAAGAUCCAUUGCUACGGGCAAAACAGGCUACAUCCCAAGCAAUUAUGUAGCUCCUGCAGACUCCAUUCAAGCAGAAGAGUGGUAUUUUGGUAAGAUGGGCAGGAAGGACGCAGAAAGGCUACUUUUAAAUCCUGGGAACCAGCGUGGUAUUUUCUUAGUAAGAGAGAGUGAAACCACUAAAGGUGCUUACUCCCUUUCUAUACGUGACUGGGAUGAGGUCAGAGGUGAUAAUGUGAAACACUACAAAAUCAGAAAACUUGACAACGGUGGAUACUAUAUCACAACCAGAGCACAAUUUGAAUCUCUACAGAAGCUUGUGAAACACUACAGAGAACAUGCCGAUGGGCUGUGUCAUAAGCUAACGACUGUGUGUCCCACUGUGAAACCACAAACACAGGGACUAGCAAAAGAUGCCUGGGAAAUCCCUAGAGAAUCUUUGAGGCUGGAAGUUAAGUUGGGCCAAGGAUGUUUUGGUGAAGUAUGGAUGGGAACAUGGAAUGGAACCACAAAAGUAGCGAUCAAGACUCUAAAACCUGGUACAAUGAUGCCAGAAGCUUUCCUGCAGGAGGCUCAGAUCAUGAAGAAAUUACGACAUGACAAGCUUGUUCCACUAUAUGCAGUUGUUUCUGAGGAACCAAUCUACAUCGUCACAGAAUUCAUGACAAAAGGCAGCUUGCUAGACUUCCUUAAAGAAGGAGAAGGGAAAUACUUAAAACUCCCACAGCUGGUCGACAUGGCUGCUCAGAUUGCUGAUGGCAUGGCUUACAUUGAAAGAAUGAACUACAUCCACAGGGAUCUCCGGGCAGCUAACAUUCUUGUAGGAGACAAUCUUGUGUGUAAAAUAGCAGACUUUGGUUUAGCAAGGUUAAUAGAGGACAAUGAGUACACUGCAAGACAAGGAGCUAAAUUCCCAAUUAAAUGGACCGCUCCGGAAGCAGCAUUGUAUGGUCGGUUUACAAUCAAGUCGGAUGUGUGGUCAUUUGGAAUUUUACUGACAGAGCUGGUAACAAAAGGGAGAGUGCCAUAUCCAGGGAUGGUGAAUCGGGAAGUUCUGGAACAAGUGGAACGUGGAUAUAGGAUGCCUUGCCCACAAGGCUGCCCAGAGUCUCUCCAUGAGUUAAUGAAACUGUGUUGGAAGAAGGACCCUGAUGAGAGACCAACAUUUGAAUAUAUACAGUCUUUCUUGGAGGACUACUUUACUGCUACAGAACCACAGUACCAGCCUGGAGACAAUUUAUAAGCCAACAGUCUAUAUAACAUGCACAAAUCUGCCAAAUGUAAAAGACUUGCAAAGAAUUCCUGACAUCUAUAAGGAAUCAAAGGAAAGAAAAUCUUCACUACUUUGCAUGCUCUUAAUGGCAAACUGGAAUUUCAUAAUGCAGUUGCACAAAACCACUUUUAAAGUGUUAUAAUCUAAUUUACCAAUGACAUGUUUUUAUUUUUUUUCUCUUUCCCAACUUAUUUUCAGGGUCCAAAGGAAGCUUACUGAAAAUACAGGGUAGAAAAAUGAGUGUUGGUGUGAACAAUAGCAGUUAAAAACCAAUGUUUCAAAUCCUUUAUGUUCCUGACAUUUGAUAAUCAUUCUACUAAAGAGGGAAUUGUCUAGAAUGGGUGAUCUUGGGGUAAGACAUUUUUAAAGCAGAAGAACUUUGUGGGACCAAGCAAUUCUAUUCCAGUUCCGUAAAACUCCCUGUGUUCAAAAUUACAUGUGUGUGCCCCCCACCCCCCAGAAAAAGAUGGUACCACUGUAUUUGAUAUAUAGUCUUGAUCUUUAAGCUUCCUCUUGCUUGGACUUAAUUAGGGUAGGCAGGUUAAAAGAGAAAUUGGAACAGUGAAUGACGAACUUGAUCUAAAUGGUAGACCUCAAUAGUGAAAUUAGAGAUCAUAAUGCACUGUGUUAAUACUUGUAUUAAUAUAACUGGAAAGUAGCAGGAGAGAUUUUUCUUUUAUUCUUUCUGCAUAGCUAAUUAAGAAUAAUGCAGGUAACUAGAAAAUGAGGUAAUAUUUUAUAAAAUCGUGUUGAUAAAGUAUGAUGAUAUUUGAACUUGAAGCUAUGUAAUACAAUCAGGAGGGAAAGCCUUUCACUUUUAAGCCCCAAUCCAACAGCGAGCUUUUGUAUGGGAAGACUACCUGAACAAAGCUCACCAGGAAAGCAAGACUGAAGCUGAUAAACAGCCACUCUUUGGUCCUUUUUCAGAGACAGGUUUGGUACUGUUUUAUGUGGCUUAAGUGUGUUAACAAGGGUGGGUGCCACAAAUGCUAGCUGUCACAAGUUCAGGGAUUUGAUUGCACUUUUGCUUUUCUUGACUAUUAAGACACACUUACACGCAGUUGCUCUUCCCACUUCUGCCCUUCCUACAGAAUUAUUUAAAUAAAAAUAAACAAAAGAAAAUGUGAAAGUUUAAAAACUAAAGGGAUAAAAUGUAUUUAAUAUUGUCCAAAUAUACUGACAUUGAAAUUUGCUGGCUUUCAGCCCAGCUGACACUACAUCUAGAUUUAUUUUCCUUGGCUACUGACAUAUCAAGCAAUAACAUCAUGUCUUUUACUGAAUGAUUUGCAUGAGGUUCUUGAAUUUCUGGUCAAGCUUAAGUACUUUAAUUUUGAAACACUAAACUCUUACUUAGCUACCAGGUUGGAAUUCAUAUAAUCAUUGUAAAGCUAUCCUACGAAUGAAUUUCAGAAAAGCUGGUAAUAUACUUCUGGUACUAAACGUAACAUUCUUUAUGGGUUUACACUACAUGGAAUCCAACUACCAAACAGAUCUUUGUAAGAACAGUGCCAUCAUUUGUCAUUUUCCCUCAUCAUCGCUCAUUACCUGUAAAUCUGUGGUUAUCAAAUUUUCAAAGGGCUUUAUGUAAGAAAAACAAAACAAAAAAAAAACCACACACACACAAAAAAUAAUCAACCCAAAAAAUACGAUGGAAUUUUAAUUUUUCUAAAUAUUUUAAAAUGAAUAACACAAUCAUGAGUUUAUGUAUUAAUACAGUUAUAACAAAAAAUGCCAAAAAUGACACUGGCAUUGUUUGGAUUUUUAAUUAAUGGAACAGUUCAUUGUAAUAACACUUGUAUAGUAAAGGAAUAAAACACUAACUUAAUGAACGUGUUCAUUGUAAAUGGUUGUGUAUUAUAAAACUCCAAAUGAGUUUGUAUGUUUAUGAAAAUUUGUUUCACCUGAAGACCUUGACGUGGUUCUUACCCUAACAGAGUUUAAAAUUCACAUUCACACUUUUUAUAUAAAUAGUAAUAAGUUUAAUUAUGUAACUAAGUAUUUUUAUAAAGUAUGGCAUUGUUGAACUGUUUUGCAGAAUUGGUUCAAAAUAAAUUUCUCCUUGAUUGCA